AUGGCCGACUCACAAAACAAAUAUCAAAUCUCAACAUUCUCCACCCUCCCCGCCGAAAUCAGAACCACAAUUCUCGAAUACGUCUUCAGCACCACCUCCAACAACAGCACCUCUCUCACCAAAACCUCCUCCGGAAGCAUCUGCAUGAACGAAACCUACAAAUCCAGCCAAAACCUCCUUCCCCUCCUCGUCUGCCGAACCUGGUACCAAGACGCAAGCCUCAUAGCCUUCAACCACACCCCCUUCCUCGUCUCGAAUCCAUUCUGCGACAUUCCCUCACGACUAACAACAUUACUCCACACCAAACAAAUCUCCGCAAUCCGCUCUCUAGCCUUCGUAGCAGAUAAACGCCACUUCCGCAAACUCUCAGAAUGGUCCAACCACCCUUUCGGAAUUCCAACCCUCAACCUCUCAACCCUAACAAUCAUCCUCCACCGCUCCAGUUCAUGGCAUUACAUGUUCGAUUACACAUCCGACAUCGUUCACCUCUUACGAAUUCUACGAAAUGUCAAGCGACUAGUCUUCGUAAAAAAUUCCGCAAUGGUGAAAGGAAGUUUUAGGAGUUGGUUUAAUCGAUUGGUGGGGUUGAUUUUGAAAAUUGAUCAUCAGGAGAGGUAUGAUAGAAUUCCGCCGAAUUUGGAAAAGACGUGGUGGAGGUGGGAAUUUGAUGAUGUUGGGGAGAGGUUUUGGCUUGAGGCGGGGGAGCCGAAGGAGUUUGUUGAUGAGGAGAGUUAUAUGAGGGGGAUUUUGCCGUUGAUGGAGGGGUUGAGGGAUAGUGUGGAGUUGGAGGAGGUUAAUCCUGAUGUUAGGGCGACGAGGAUGUAUUAUUAG